GAGAGAGUUAUAAUAAUUCUGCUACUAGUUUUUACUUUGGAUUAAUGAGAAGCAGUGGAUAUCUUACAAUUUCGACUUUGUCUCCUCUCAAUGUCACAUAUAACAUCACUAUUGAAUCGUUCAAUUAUACUCGAAAUGGAACAGUAACAAAGAAUAGACCAGAUCCAUAUGUAUAUCUUUCUUGGCGCUUCCGUACACAUUCCAAUUCUUUUGCAGAUCGAUUUAAGGGAAUUCAUUUGACUAGUGAUCAACCAAUAAGUGUAUCAUUUUUCGAUUAUUACACUGAGUAUCUCAUUUUACCAUAUCAUGAGUACCCAGGGGUUAGUCAGUAUGAAUAUUAUGCUGUUUCAACUAGUAGUUAUUAUAACCAUACUCUUAGUCAAGUUCUUCUAGUUGGUUGUAUUAAUAAUACUGUCAUUAGUAUUAUACCAACAGUUGAUCUCUUCAUUCCUAUUGAUGUACAAAAGAAUGGGAGUGAUGAUAUAUUAGUAACUAAAGGUAACUCUCAUACUAUUACACUACAUGAGGGACAGACGCUAUUGCUGGGUAAAGGGAAUGGAAGUGAUAUAUCAGGAACACACAUUAUUUCUAAUAAACCACUGACUGUUAUUACUGGUCAUGAUUGUGGCGGUACUCCUUAUAUGAUAGAACGCUUUUACUGUAAUGAGAUGCAGUUGCAAGUUCCUCCAACAAUAAUUUGGGGUAAAAGAUUCAUUCUGACACACUUUAUUAAUCUAAGUGACAGAUCACUAUAUUCUUCUUAUAUAAAGACAGUCACUUCACAAACCAAUACUAGUAUAACAAUAUACUGUAAUGGAACCACUAACACUACAAGAUACUCUACUAAUGGUGCAGUUGGUUCAUAUGAGUAUAACAUAACUAAAUAUUGUUUCAUGGAGGCUGAUAAACCAAUAUUUGUCGUCCUGUUCCCUCACUCAUAUUUCUAUUAUGCAACUAUGGUAUUGAUACCACCAAUGGAACAAUAUCUACAAAAAAUUGAGUUCGAUCAUACUGGAUAUUUUUUUUCCCGUUAUUUUAAGCUUGUUAUUACAGCAUCAGUUGAAGGAUUUUCUCCAACAGCUAUUCUACAUAAUGGACUAGCAACAUUAAACUGGACAGCAAUAUAUGAUUCUAAAAGGAAUAUUGUAGCAUACGGAACUGAAAUUGAAUCUAAUAGAUAUUUUAGUAAUCAUUCAGUAGUUCAUACUGGUAUAAAUGGAAAAUUAUCAGUUCAAGUCCAGGAGUAUGACUACAUAUUUGGAAUUCAUGGACGACCAGCAGUAAUUUCAUUAGUACCAAAUGUGAUUCCAGUUUGCAAUUUUUCUUGUGGUAAUGGUAUAUGUGUUGCUGAUAACUUUGUCAAUGUUUUGAUGGUUGGACUGGAGAUCAGUGUGAUGAAGGUAUGGAUCAACUAUAUACAUGAAUUUCCAGUAUGUGGUAAUGGAUAUUGUGUACCAACUAACAGUUGUGUAUGUAAUCCUGGCUGGACUGGAGACAGGUGUAGAACUGAUACUAAUGAAUGUAGUCUUGAUGUGUGUAAUCAAAUAUGUAUAAACACUCAAGGAUCAUAUACUUGUGAGUGUAACCUUGGAUAUCAGUUUAUAAAUGACAAUUCAACUUGUGAAGAUAUUAAUGAAUGUGAGACUGUUGAUCACAAUUGUACACAAACUUGCAGUAAUACAGUUGGAUCAUACACCUGUUCUUGUAGAGCUGGAUAUAAAGAUAAUGGAUAUGGAAACUGUACUGAUAUUGAUGAAUGUUCAAUGGGUACCAGUGGCUGUCAACAACUCUGUUUUAACACUAAUGGAAGCUAUUACUGUCAAUGUAAUACUGGAUACAAACUAAUGAAUGAUAAUUCAUCUUGUGAUGAUAUUAAUGAAUGCAUUGAGGAUCCUGGAGUAUGUCCUUUAAGAA